ACCUCAUCUCUAUAUAUAGGGAUUUUAUUUCCUAUUUGAGUAAACAAGUUCACUUAACCUUCCGCAGAAAGGUCACUGUUCUAUCAUAGAGAUAGCCUUCUCUUCAUCCCUUCAUCAACUUCACAAUUAACCAUCUGUGCAACGAACAACUGUAGCAAUGGGAAGAUCACCAUGCUGUGAUAAAGUUGGCGUGAAGAAAGGUCCUUGGACUCCAGAAGAAGAUAACAAACUCAUCCAAUAUAUUCAGAUGAAUGGACCUGGCAACUGGAGAACCCUUCCCAAGAAUGCUGGGCUUCAAAGAUGUGGAAAGAGUUGCCGGCUUCGAUGGACCAACUAUUUGAGGCCUGAUAUAAAGAGAGGAAGGUUCUCGUUUGAAGAAGAAGAGACCGUAAUUCAAUUACACAGUAUUCUGGGCAACAAGUGGUCGGCCAUAGCAGCUCGGCUGCCGGGCAGAACCGACAACGAAAUAAAGAACUACUGGAAUACUCAUAUCAGGAAGAGGCUUCUUAGGAUGGGGAUAGAUCCAGUGACUCAUAGUCCUCGCCUUGAUCUUCUAGAUCUUUCUUCGAUUCUCAGCUCGGCUCAGCUCAAUCUUUCGAACUUGCUUGGGCUUCAGGCUCUGGUGAAUCCUGAACUUUUGAGGCUUGCUUCAACUCUCUUGGCAGCUCACCAAGAAAACCCAGAGAUGCUUUUGCAGAAGCUUCAAGAAAACCAGCUCUUGAACACCCAAAUUCAGAAUCAGACUCCGAUGAUUAACCCAAAUAAUUUCCAAACUGCACUUUUCGAUCAAACAAACCUUAUCCAAGAGAUGGGAACGGGGCAAGUUUUGACAGAUCCAACGGGUUUGAGUUGCCAGAAUUUCCAGGAAACUUUCCAGGAAAAUGCAAGUUGUUCAGGUUUGAAUGGAAGCUUUGUUAAUCUACCAAACUAUGGCUGUAACAUGUCUGAUCAGAUCACUACAGAUCCAUCGGACAACUCAGCCUUCCAAUCAAUGAACAAUAGUAGCAAGAAUAGCCAGAAUUUCAACUUUGACUCGGUUAUGUCGACACCUAUGUCGAGCCCAACACGAUUGAAUUCAUCACCCACAUUCAUCAAUGGCAGCACUGAAGAUGAGAAAGAAAGCUACUGCAGCGACAUGUUGAAGUUUCAAAUUCCGGAGGGCUUAGAUUUUGAUAAUUUCAUGAUGUAACUGUUGCUUGAGUGGGUUAGCUUGAAUUAAGGUUUCUUUUUUUAUUAUUAUUUUCCUGUUUAAUUUCUUUGUUAGGGUUUUGUGGAAGAAUUAUGCCAGAUAUACAUCAUUUUUUACAUCUUGAACUAUACAAAGGGGUAUUAUGACUAAAAUACCUCUCGCCUCCAUACACCUCAUGCGCCUCUAUGCACCUCAUGAGGGAUAUUUUUAUCAUUAAUACACUUUUGUGUAGCUCAAGAUGUAUACAAAGGUAUAUCAAUAGCAUUAUUCUUUGUGGAAAGAACCGUUACACACCUGGAUAUACAGCUAUAUAUAGCUAGUAGCCUGUAUCAUUAUAAUUAAUAAUAUCUGUGUUUUUUUUCCUUU